ACUCCUACACGAAAGAGACAGCAUCCAAUGCAGUCAAGCACUUCGCCCAACUUCAUGCUAUGUGCGAACAUUUUAUACCAUUUUGAAAAAAUAAAACAUGGCUGGAAGAGGUGGUUAUGAUCACGCUAGAGGAUAUGGAGGCGACCGCCCACAAAAACAACUACCAACGGAACCCCCAUUCAUUGCUUAUGUUGGCAAUUUACCCCAGGGCCUGGUGCAGGGUGAUGUCAUGAAGAUAUUUCAAGACUUCGUUGUGAAGAAUGUCCGUUUGGUAAAGGAUCGCGAAACCGAUCAAUUCAAGGGAUUCUGCUAUGUAGAGUUUGAGACUCUUCAAGAUCUGGAGAAGGCACUUGAGCUCGAUGAGAGAAUUCAAUUGGAUGAUAAUUCAGCCCCGCUUAGAAUUGAUAUUGCCGAAAAAAGGAAGAAUGAUCGCGGAGGCGGUUUCCAGAAACGAGGACCACCUAGACAGGGUGGCUCCAACCAGCAAUUCAAUCGCGGCGGUGGCGGAGGUAUGAAUCGCAACGAUAACCGCAAUGAUAAUAGAGGUGCGUACAAUGAUAAUUACGGGCAAAAUGAUAGGAAUCGUGUUGGCGGUGGUGGUAUGAAUAGAGGAUAUAAUGAUCGUCCUACAAACCGCGGUCGAUAUGGUAAUUUUGGAGAUGAUCGUAAUUUUGAUCGCAAUAUGGAUCGUAACAAUAGAGAAGGCAGUUACGGUGGCAGCAGUCGGGAUGGCGGUGAUCGUUAUAACAACUAUAAUCGACAACGCGGUGGUGGUGGUGACCGUGAUCGCCAGUAUAAUAACUCAAACGAUAGGCCUCCAUCGUCUGUGGGAUCUUUAGAUGACAGCGAGAGACCCCGACUUAAUUUACAUCCCCGAUCUAUACAAGCACCCAUUAACGCUUUGGCGGUGACAAAACAAGCCGCUUCUAUUUUUGGCAACGCCAAACCAAGAGAAGAAAAGCUAAAAGAGCUAGGAAAAGAAGUUGCCGAAGAAGAAUAUGCAAGUUCUUAAACAAAAAAUAUAUAUUUAAAACAAAGCAGAAAAAAAGUUAAUUAAUGCAAAUUAUAAAGAAAAAGAAAAUAGAAAGUAAUAAUUAUUUCACAGCCAAGAGCUGAUAAAGUGAGUUGAUUGUAUGGAAAAUAUAAGAUUUGAAAAACAGAAAAAAGAAAUCAAUGCGCGAAUAUUCAAAAAAAACGAGAAAAUUAAAACAAGGAAACCAAAAUCUAUCUAUGAAAAAAAAAAAUAAAUAAAAACAAGCGAAAGAGGAUAAAGAGAAAUAAUUAGCAAGCAAAGUAAGGAUUUCAUAAUAAAAUUUAUUAAAGCUAGUUUCUUCUUUUUUAACUAUAAUUAAAACAAACAACAACAAAAAAAAACAAUUAAAAUAAAGAUAUUUGUAUUUAAAUUUAAAUAUUAAGUAAAUAUUGAAUACCAAUAUUAAACAAAAUAAUUACUUACAAUAUAUAAAUAAAUAUAUAUGCGUAUAUUACUUUGUAAAAAAAAUAAAAAAAAAAUAAAAUCAACUUUUUAAAAUAUUAAUUACAUACACUUACACUUUGAUAUAUUUUAUAUUCAAAUAUAUCUAGAAAUAAUAAUAUUUGUAAAGAAGAACAAAAAAUAAUAAAUAAAUACAUAAAUUUAAACUACCUAAGCUGACGAUCGAAUUAAGUAAAAAAAAAGUGGAAAUCCCACACAGAAAUACACACUUAACACACACACACAAGUAUAAGCAAAUAAGUUUUUCUUUGAUUUUGCUAAGUUUUCGUUUGUUGCUUGUCAUCAUCGUUUAUAAUUUACAAUAAUAUAAUAAUUAUUGUUCUUUUUUUUUAAUCACAUAACCAACUAGUUGAACAUUUCUAAUAAUUUGAAUUUAUUAUCUAACGCUCGCAUAGAGGCAUAUUUAUAUUAAACAUAAACUUUAUCCCAAACCUUUUUUUAACGAAUUUGAAAGUCUAGUCUUUUCAAAUUUGAGCUUGGUCUUUGAAAUGAGGAAAAAUAGUAAACAAAAACAAAAGUCUUAAAUUAAUUCUGUACAGCAACAAGCGUAUAUCAGGAGUUGUAUUGUGUUACUAAAAAAAAACUGGUCUUAGCAUCUAUUCUAUUAUAUAACUAAUUAAAUAUUUUUCUUAUUAUUUUUUUUUUAAUUUUACACUUGUAAAUGAUUGUUUUUCAUAGAAAAAUACCAAUAAAUAAAACUAAUAAAAACAUAAAUAAAAAACACAAAAAAAAAUUUAAAACAGAA